UCGGGCGCCGAGCUCUCGCUGCAGAACGCUGGGGGCCAUCUCUCGCGCUGGCACGUGGCGGUCGGGCACACCCCCGCCUUCCGCUUCCACCGCAGCGACGCGCCCCCCGCCACGCUCUGCACCGUCCACCUCCCCGGCCUCGGCCCCGUCACCUCGGACCCCUGCGCCAACAAGGCCCGUGCAAAGCAGUCCGCGUCCUUCCGCGCAGUGCAGCGCCUCCUCGCCAGCCACGAGCUCGACGACCGCUUCCAGCCCACGCCCUCGCAGCCCCGCACGAGGGCGAGAGACGACAUCAUGGCCACAAAGUCCAGGUGCAACUAUCGCUGGGAGAGCAGGAAGCUCUUGAUCAAGGACGAGCUGCCGCAGGGACACGGGAGCGGCGACUAUGCGUACCGCACCACUCCCCAGUUCUGGAAGGAGUGCCCGCCCUUUGCGCCCGGAGAACGGGUGCAUGCCGCAGUGCUCCUGCUCUCACCGACGGCCGAAAAGACGUUUGGCCACCCCGAGUGCAGGCCCAUGUGCUUGCUCACCAGCAGGCCCUUGCCGCUGUUCGAAACGCACGAUACGGUCGAGGUGAAUCUCGGCGUAGGGGAGCAGCCCACCCACCGCGGCUGCGUGAGGAUGACCAGCGCCGGAUCCCUGGAAGGCGGCCUCGACGACGUCACGCUCGGCCAGACACUGAGGUUCACAGAGCGGCUGAUGAGGGCUGAGCUGCAGAGACUCAUCAAGGCAGAUCUUCAUCGAAUCAAGUGGCUGCUGCUUCCCCUCACGUACGGGUACUCUUCCGCUCGACAACCAGGCCCGUUGGCGCGUGAGGAUAUCGCUUGGGAGCAAGUCGAAGCUGUUGCCAAUGGGCCCCUGACAGUUCCGUUCACCCUUAAAGACGAGGACGACCUCGCCGCGCAAUGUUUCGAUGCCAUGGCCUCGGCGAAUUCUGAACUGACCCGCCGAAGCUACAUUACUGCUGUCCGUCAAGACCUCAAUCCCGACUCUCCCCAUCCGGAGCGACCUGAGAAGACGAUCCUGCAAGUGAUCCAGGGCGAGAACUGUCUGUUUCCCCAGCUUGUACACCGCAAGCAGCCCAUCCUCCAAGUCGAGACGGCGUGUCUCGCCAAAAAUGGCUCAUAUAUCACCACCUCUGCCACGCCUGCCGAGCAGCGCUCAACGCAGUUCCUCAUUCCAGAGUAUGAAAAUCGCCACUGUAUCCCCGCCAGCAUCUUCCGCGCCCUCACCCCCUUUCCCUUUUUCAUCCACCAACUCGAAUGCAUGCUCAUCGCGUACGAAAUGUCGACCAAACUGUUUGGAUCAUUGCUCCAUCCCGAACUCGCUCUCCAAGCUCUCACAGCCCCUUCCUCGCAAAACGUCACCCCAUGGACCUAUGAGCGCCUCGAGAUCCUUGGCGAUACCCUGCUCAAAUUCUUCAUCACCAUCCACGUCUAUCUGCACGGUGGAGGCGCAAACUCUCGUGAAGACUCGUUGAAAGUGUGGCAGGAUAGACACAAGCUUGUCAGUAACCGUACACUCACCGCCAACGCAAUCAAGCUCGGGCUGGUGGAAUUCGUGAGAGAUAAAAGGCUUAAAGUGAAAGAGUGGGUACCACGAGAUUGGGAGCUAGAGCUGUUGCCGGGGCAGAUUGCGCCCAAGAAGGCUGUGCAAACAAGUAACGAUGGUCCAGAAAUGAGGAAACUGGGAGAUAAGCUCCUAGCAGAUAUUGUUGAAGCCAUCAUUGGAGCCUCGUAUGGCAGGGACAAGAACUUUGACAAUGUCAUCUCCACAUUGAUACAUCUCAAUGUCCCCCUCGAUCUUUUUAGUACUUGGGAAGAGAUCAAACAUGUGCUUCCACUGUCGGAUGAUGAACAUGAUACCGAAGAACAUGGGGCUGCCGAUGCCGAAACCGAAACGGACUCUUUCUCAGCAUGUGAAAUCCUGGGGUACAAAUUCAAGCGUAAAAGGAGGUACGAGGAUGUCAUUAGUAUGAGUAAUCAGCCUCAUGCGAGGAGGAUCCGCGAAAACUACAAGAUGCUAGGUAAUGCAGUCUUGGAUCUUCACGUCAUUGAAUUCCUGCUGGCAAAGUACCCUGAAGAAGGACCUGGUUCUUUAUCCAACAUGAAAACGUUUCGUACCACAGAGGGACUUCGAUGCGCGCUAGCGACUGAGCUAGGCCUACAAGACCUCCUCAAGGAUGGUGAUGAAAGGGCGGAGAGGGAACUGGGUCGCGCGACAUACUUUAUGCGCGACGCAAAGGCUCAGGCGGAUGCUGGCCUUUCAGACGAAGAACAGGGAGGUAUACACUACUGGGAUGGUGUCGCUGUCAACCAUUUUACGGGAAGCAUUAUCGAAGUCAUCUACGGUGCUAUUUUCCAGGACUCUGGUUUUUCCCUUGAACAUACCCAGAGGAUAUUCGAUAACCACAUCGUGCCUUUUAUCGAGAAAUAUUGCAAAGGUCCCAGUGCAAGCGAUCUUCACCCAAAGGGCUUGUUAACUAGAUGGAUGCAGGCCAAGGGCUGUGCAUAUUGGAAACUAGAUGCAGUCGGGCCGAAAUUAUGCGAGGGUGUCGUUACCUGCCAUGAUCAAGAUGUGGCGCGUUGCAAGGCUUUCACUACGCAUGUGGCCGUGAGGAACGUAUGUGAAGAAGCUAUAAAACGUUUGCGAGAUGAAAACCGAAUCAAAGAUAUUUGCGACUGCCCGUCGUUCAAAGAGAUCGUCCCCGAGGACAAGACGUUUGGGAAAUGGAGAUGAUAAAAAAGUUUCUAGAAGUGUAUAUGGAAUCCCCUAUACUUGCAUGAAUAUUUGU